AUGGGGGGGUGGGGGUGGGGUAUGGGGGGGGGGGUUAUGUUGUGGGGUUUGGGUUGUUGUUGGGGUUAUGAUUGGGGGUGGGUGGUUGUUUUGGGGGGUAUAGGGGGGGGUGGUUUAGGGGGGUAUUUGUGGUGGGGGGGGUGGUGGGUGGGUGUGUUUGGGGGGGGGGGGGGGGGGGGGGAAGGGGGUUAUGGAUUUUGGAGUGUUUGUAGUAUGGGAAAUGUGUGUUGGGGGGGUAUUGGGGGGGGGGGGUGUGGUUUUUGGGUUGUGGUUGGGGUGGGGGGGGGUUUUGGUGGUGUAUGGGUGAGGGGUUUGGUGGGUUGGUGUUGGGUUGUGGAGGGGUUGGUUGGGGGUUGUGGAGUGUGGGGGGGUGGGGGGUGGGGGGGUUGGGGGGGGGAGGUAGUGGGGUUUUUGGGGGUGGUUGGGGGGGGAUGGGGUGGGGGGGGGGUUUUUGGGGGAGUUAGGUUAGUGGGGGGUGUGGGGGUGUAUGGGGGUUUGUGUGUUGAAUUGGAAAUUGUUUUUGGGUGGUGUGGUGGGUGGGGGGGGGGGAGGGAUGGUUUGGGGGGGUGGUUGGGUUUUGGGUGGUUAGGGGGGGGUGGGGUGUGGGGGUUAUGGGGGGAUGUGGGGGGAGGGGUUGGGUGUUGGGUGUUGUGGGGUGUGGGGUGGUGGUGGGGGUGGGGUGGUGGGGGGGGGGGGGUGGGGUGUUUGGUAGGGGGGUGGGGUGGGGGGGGGGGUUUGGGGGGAGGGGGUGUGUGGGGUGGGGUUGGGUUGGGGGGAGAUGGAAAUAUCAAAAGUGCGGCGACUUGA